GAGCCUGAAGCGAGCGACGCGCGCACUGCCGAGCCGGCCGCCGUCAGCUUCGUAGAAGUAGAGAACCAGUUAGAGAAGAUGUUCGCGGGGCUGGAGGAGGAGCCGCUGGGACGGGACGCGGAUGAGGCGGCGGCGCCCAGCUCGGCCGCGGCGGGCGCUGCGGGCGCCACGGCCCCCGCGGCCGCGCGCAAGCGGCGCCGGUCAGCGCCCGCGCGGUCGGACCGCGCUCAGAAGGCCCAGCGCAAGAAGGCGGACGCCCGGCGCCCGCGCAAGGGGCCGCGCGAGGCACGCGACGCGUACGACUCCGGCAGCAACGCCAGCUCUAGCAAGUCGCGGGGACCCUACAUACAGAUACGCGGACCGCGGGACUCUCCCCUGUCAGUGAGCGUCAUGAACACGACGACGGCCGGCGAGGAGGAGGAGGCGGGCGCACGCCGGAAGGGGGGCGAGGACUUCCGCAACGGCGUGCGCGGCGUGAGAGGCGUGAGAGGUCUGCACGCCUCCACGCUGGGCCUGCGAUACGACGCCAGCACGCCCGACGCCACCUGGCUCUGUGCCUUCUGUCAGCGCGGCCCGCAUGCGGCCUCGCUCGGGGACCUCUUCGGGCCAUACACACUCGACAACGACUGCGACGAGUACAGGGCGCUGGACGAGGCGACGCGGCGGCGCUACAGCUCGGACGAGGCGUGGUUCCACGAGGCGUGCGGCGUGUGGGCGCCGGGCGUGCUGGCGGCGGGCGCGCGCGUGUGGGGGCUGGGCGCGGCCUGCCGGGCGCGCGCCCACGUGCCGUGCGCGGCGGCGGCGGGCUGGCGGCUGGCCGAGGCCGAGCUGCGCGCGCUGUGCCCGCGCCACGCGCCGCUAUAG